CAACGGCAAUGCGCCAAAACGCGAAUUCUGCCCUACUCCUAAAGUACGGUCAGUUGCGCAAAUGCGACACACAUUUGACCUAACCUAACCCAACGUCACUGUCAUAAUGUUAAUCCGCGAAUCAGUAGAUAAUUUUCCUAAGCUCGUACCGAUCGUUAUACGCAGUUUUUUUGUCAAAUCAAAAUAUGAAUCGCGAUGUGCUGCGAUUACAUCGAGAAGAACGCGAAAAAAGUAUGUGCAAAAAGGCGCAUAUUACAGUGACAGAGUUUCCGAAUUAAGGCGUUUAUUAACCUUAAACUCGCGUGCCGCUACUAUGACGUAGAGACUGCAGUUGACGAUAGCGAGUACCAUGGGCAAGCUUAGAUUAGGGUCAGAGUAUAUUCCAUUAGUGGACGACGACAUGUCGAAGGCUCGUGUUGUCAUAUCUUUCGCCAAAGUAGCAUGGUUGACUGUGUCCUUGCCAUGUGUGGCGUUUGUUUUUUGUGUCGCCUGGUCGGUCCUCUAUAAUUUUGAACAUUCCACCUCCACGCAUUGUCAGGUAUACAAUUUUUUACCCUCUGUCUCGGCAGCUAUUGGUCACUACAGACCUCAGAGAGAUAUAUGGAAAACUGCCAUAGCCUUACAAGCAAUUGUCAGAAUUUUAGUAUGCAUGAUGUACUAUCGUUAUUAUAAGGAACAUGUUUACAAGUGGGCACGAUACUUAAGUAACAUUGCACUUGCCAUGUACAUCAUUGAAAAUAUAUCUCUUGUGACAUUGAGCUUUUGGACUUCCGAUGAGAAUUAUGCAUUUCAUAAGAUGUCUUUCAUAACAUUUUUGCUAACGUCCUUUAUACACAUGUUCCUAGUGUAUUUUAUUAUGAGGAAUUGUCGAAACGUUACAAAAGACUGGUUUGAUGUUGCUUCUUUGAAAUGGAAAUGGAGAUCAAUGAUGUUAAACGUAUUAUGUAUAAUAAUUGCCUGCUAUUUCUUUUAUAGGCAUAAUAAAUACUGUGAACCUUUUGUAUAUUCAAUGUUCGCAUUGAGCGAAUAUGGAGUUGUGCUUUCAAACAUGGGAUUUCACCUAACUGCAGCAUUGGAUUUUGCUACAACGCGCCUGCUGAUAUCAGGAAAUGGGCUUCGCAUCAUUUAAUAGUAUUUUACAUACAUCACAGGUUGAAUGUUACGUAUAUAUACUUAAGCAAUAAUGUACAUAUAAUGUACAUAUUUUUAUCUAAAAUCUAAUAUGUCUGUCUCCUAAAUUAGAGAAGAGGAUUAGACGAUUUACUUAACAAUAUCAGUCGCAGGUUCUAAAAAGUCUUGUAGAUAGUAGUAGAUCAAAUCUUUUUACAGAAACAAAUUUCUCAGAGUGGUUUAGGUCGUACGUUAGAUAUAUGCAUAUAUAUUUUAUUUCUUAGAAAACCAAAUUACUUAGGUAUACUAUACGAAAUAUUAUUUGAUUCAGAAAAUAUACCUAUAUCUAGCUUC